AAACUCGACUCGACUCGACUCGUUUGCAGCCCUACCGGAGAGACAAAGAAAGAGGGCAACCCCGAAAACCUAGAAACCCAAGCAGAUAGUGGCUGGAAAAGAGAGCCGGUGCUUCUCCAUCUCGCCUCAAAUUCAAUUGUAAUUCCGGCAAAAUGAGCUUGGGGCUUAUCCAGAGCUACUCUUCGGCGGAAGAUGAAGAAGAAAACCCUCACACUCCGUCGGCCGAAGAUUACAUAUUCUCCGACGACGAAGGAGAAACAGAAGAAAACGGCACUUCCUCGGGCAUUCGUGGUGCCGAAACCCGCCAUCUCUCCUACAGAUCGGUCUACGACUCUUCUGACGCUCCCAAUUCGUCCUCUGGGCUUCCCUCUGCUCUCGACGCUUUCUCCAAGGUUUCAGCGCCGCCACAGUUCCUUAACAACUCCGUGGAGGGGAAUGUCGCUGGUAGAGGCACUGAUUUCCAACAACCAAGGCAUGGCCGUUGGAGGGCUCGCAAAGAGAAAAAAGAGCUGCCCUCAGGAGCUGUCUUGGAGUCCAAACCUCAACUUGUUGGAAUACAUGAGCGAGUAAGGAGUGAUAUCCAGAGUAGUCAAUCACAAGCAUCAUCUGUCGCUAGCACAACCGAUGGAGGAGGAAAGCGUGUGGCUGGUGCAGCCAAUCCCGGAGCUGAAGAUGCUGCUGAGCUAUUGAGGUUGUGUUCGCAAUGUGGGAUCCCUAAAACGUUCUCCAACAGCACUGGAAUUACAUGUCCUCAAUGUGGUGAUCGACCACCCAACGAUGCAAGUCAGGAAGGCAAACGAAAGGGAUCUGCCGUCAAAGAUAAGGAGAAGAGUAAGAGGAUGAAAGGGCAGUCAUCCCAUGCAACUUGGAAGAGUGAAACAGAAAUGACACUUAGGCAACAGUUUGAUUAAAGAUUGUAGGGUUCGCUGGCAGUUAUAUAGGGGUUUUGGAAUGAAGUGUUCAAUUAUCCUUCCCAUUGCUUUAGCAACGACAAUCUUUCCCUGUUCGAACCCGAUUGUGAUUUAGUGUUGUACCUUGUUUUGUUUUUGCUCUUGCCAUGGAUUCUUCGCCUCACGUCUUUGUCUGGAAUCCGGAUCAAUGCUUAGUUUAGCCCUUUGGCUAUGCAUUACCAUCUUCAUCCCUAAAAUUGGUCAGCAAUUUAAAUCAUCCCUAAAAUUGGUUAGCAAUUUUUAAAUGUGGUCUCUACCGCCACAUAAUUAAAUCUAGCAAUUAUU